AUGAGUAAAAAUAAGCUAAUAUUCAGUGAAGAAUGUACGGAAGCGGAAGGAAGGACAUGGCAUAUGGCACAUUUUUCAUGCGCAGAUUGUGGUGUUCAACUCGGAGGGCAGAGGUAUAUUGGAAGAAAUGAUAGAAUAAUAUGCAUCUCUUGUUAUAAUCAAAAUUCCUCACUCAUUUGUAAUACCUGUGAAAAAGAAAUUGUUGUCGAUAAGCCGCAUAUAAUUCAGAAUGAUAUACACUGGCAUGCUGACGAACGUUGUUUCUGUUGUAGUGGAUGUGGCAAAAAUUUGUUGGGAAAGAAAUACUCAUUUAGGGACAAAAAGUUAUACUGUGCUACGAAUGCAAAUUGUGGAAAACGAUACUCGAAGGUGACCUUUACCAGUAAAGUGACAUCCAUUUCAAAUAGACGGCGUGGAUCGGUGCCGGAGCCACCUUGUCGAGAUCCUCCUUCACCACCAGCUGAAAACAUUUAUGAAACUGUUUUGCCAUGCUCUUCAAGAGAAUCAGAUAGCGCAAACGGAAAUGAGUAUUUGCGAGGGUGUAAUCGCCGAUCACAAAGCGCUGAUGUUCGACGACCGUGGUGUAAUGAACACUGCCAUAAAGAAUAUUGCAAGAAAAAGAAUGAUUACGACGAUAAAAAACAGAAUCAUUAUUCGCGGAUGCCACCACCCUCACCAUUAUUAAGAAGAAAGCAUCAGCGAUGCAGUUCAUGUAGUUCAUCCGAAAGCGAUAGUGAUGAUGUAUAUCUUUUAAAUUAUUUAGCUGCUUCUCUUUCUCAGUUCAACAAAACAGCUUCACAAUUUGGCUUAAACGACUCUUUUCUUUAUCUUUUUAUUAUUGAAACUAAAACAGGUCUUAUUACAGAAUACAGUUCAAAACAGCGGGAGUUAAGUUUGCGCUUCAUUCCAGUACCAUUUGGCGAGUACCGGGGGAGUAAUCCCGAUACGCCUCCUAUUAUGGUUAAUUUUCGUCAACCGGAUUUAUGGCGAACUCUACCAAUAGAAUUUACGAAUGAUAAAGAGCGCUUAUUUAUUGACCGUGAAAUCAUAUGCAAACAUUCUAAAGUCUGUGCCGAUAAACUUGAAAAUCUUGAAAAGGCGGGACAGGAGCUUGUCAUUCGACUGGACGACAUAACCUGUGAUGCUAUGGAGCGAGUGCUUUUUACUAUCUGUCCUACAAUAUAUGGGCAGUAUCCAGUUCCUCCAACAAUUUUCGACGUUGGUAUUAUCUGUCCAGUUGCUUGCUCUCUGAAAAUGGAUAUGGUUAUCAAAAUGUGCGAGAAGGUUCUGGAAAACGAUGUACAUCCGAAACUUACACCAGCUGACUUUCUUAUCAAUUCCUUUAGUACAGCUUACAAAUGUCAGCUGAAACCAAUAUUGCAAGCGAAAUUAUUCAUAAAAAUUCUGAAAUGUGAGUAUUGGAAAUUAAAAUACUCACUGAUUCGCAAGAUCGAAUCACCCUGUUUGCGCAUUUUUUUGUGGAACUUCAGAGAAAUGAGUCGCAAUACAAUACGUUCGAAAAAAGCGCUCAAAGGACAGUGUUAUGUAAGAAGUAAGAAAUCCUGGAUAGACGAAGGUUUAGAUCCACCAACGAAAGAAUUGCUCCGACUCUGCAUCUACAACGAAUUAAUUUUUUCACAUGUCACAAUAACUGUACAAACAAAAAUUUACAAAUCUACUUGUAAUCAAUGUGAAGAGAAUGCUGCGUAUAUUACGCAUGUGAAUGGCUAUCGUAUAAAAACCGUCCCAAAAAAACUCUUUCUAUGCCAGCAGUGCAAUAAAGCACUGUGUUCGAAUUGUGAGGCAACAUUUUGUAUUGUUAAAUUGGUUGAAUUUCUGGAAGAUGUUUAUAAGGCUGAAAAAUCUCCAGAUGUAUUGAAGAUGCUUAAUGCUCUUGUUGUACUGAAUUCUUCCGAUCACGAUGUUGCUAGGAC